AAACUAAUGGAGAGCUAGAGGUCAACAAACUUUUCGCUUCGUGUCGUUUUCGAGAAGGAAUCACCGACGAAGUUUGUUUUUACUCCUUAUUUUGUGAAUCAUUUGAAAUAAAUUUGUAAAGGAACCAUCCAACAAGAUGGCGAUGAAUAUUCUCAGGUCCAGAGCUCUGCUGACGAGUCCACGGCUGAUGACCAGUGCGUUUCUGAAGUCACCUUAUCAAGCCAACUAUCCCGCUAUGCUCAACACGUUACACACCACUCACAACAAUCACACCGCAGGUUUACUUCCGUCCAAGCACUGGAAUGCUGAGAGAGUGUUAUCUAUAGGUCUGAUUGGUAUCAUCCCAGCGGCUUUCCUCAUUCAGAACCCAGCGCUAGACUAUGCCCUCGCAGCAAGCCUUGUCUUACAUGGGCACUGGGGAAUGGAGCAGGUAUUCCUGGAUUACGUUCACGGUGAGACGAUGUCAAAGGUCGCCAACGCCUCCCUCUUCGCCAUCUCCGCCCUUUCCUUCGCCGGUCUCUGCUACUUCAACUACAACGAUGUCGGGCUCACAAAGGCAGUUAUGAUGCUGUGGUCAUCAUAGUCCAGUAAACCGGUCAAACUUGUAUUCUAUGAGGUUGAUCAUACUGGGUGUAUAUGUGUGGUACUUCACAUACUGGCCCAAAGUGUUUGAUUUCAGUUUGUUUAAUAUGUGCCGGGCAGAAAGGUCCAAUUGCACAACUUUGUCCUGUUCCAAUUUUUUUUUUCAAUGCUGAAGUACAGUAAAACCUGUCUAUAAAGACUACCAAAGGGAGACGUAGAAAGUGGGUUUUAUAGGCAGGUGGUCAUUAAAGCAGGUUUGAAUUCUCUAUCACUGUUGACAAUUUUGAUAAUGUAUGGCCAGACACAUGUUGAGUAAUGUAGUUGAUUAAUGGUCAACAUUUAGAAAUGUGUAUUUUCAAAAUCUUCCUGUCGUGCGUUCAUUGACAGACUUCUGCCAGGCACCUGAUUAAUAACUGAAUGAAUGAUUUAUAGUUUUUUAAACCCAGUCAUGUAAAUGUUUGAUAAAAAGCAUGUCGUGACCAUGAUGUACCAUGCAUACGCCCAGUAUGGCCAGCCUUUAGAUUUCAUUAAAAGAAAUCUUGAGUUCUGGUAAUAAUAGAAAUGUAUAUUCGGAGAGGAACUCACUAAAAACAGUCGCACUGAAAUGUUUAACAUGCAAUAGAUGACAUGUUUGAAUGCAUAGAUGACAUGUUUGAAUGCAUAGAUGACAUGUUUGAAUGCAUAGAUGACAUGUUUGAUUGCAUAUAUGACAUGUUUGAAUUCAGCAAUCCUGUUGAGAAUGUCGUAAGUUUGCUACUUAAUUAUAGGUCCAUUUAUAAAGCGCAGCAGAAUUUACUCUGCUGCGUUUAAUAUAAAGUACAUUAUUACCCCGGCUGUAGCUGAGCUGCCAUAAUAAGGCUCUAAAGCUUUCAUGGAAUGUUGUCCCUACUGCUUAUACUUUACCUGGGUGGAGAGUAAGCAAAUGUAAAUUAAUGUCGGAUUGUUGCAAACUUGCAGAGACUUUCUGACAAUCAAAUCAACUUUAAAGAACAAACAUGCAUAUAUAUUGGACUAGGUAUUUUACCAAUCAGCUAGAUCACAAAGUUAUUUCUCCGUCUUUGCACACCACUCAAGGAUAGUAUUUUUCCAUAGAUUGAUUGGUUAGACAUUUAUAAUCUUUAAUAAGACAUGUACUUUACUCUGUUUUGGUUAUAUUACCAGAACUCCAGAAAACACUUUUCCCUUCUAUACUGGAGGACUACUGGCUAAAUAAUACGACCCUACUGAGGGCAGCAGACAUUGCAUUUAUAUCAGGCCUGAAACUCUGACCAGAGUUAUGAGAAAAAAUGAUUAAAGUCCUUCUUGAUCUGAAAGAAGAGAUGCAUGAAAUCAUUCUGGUGUGAAGAGCUGCAAGGUAAAAUGGACAAAAAUAAACGUUAAUUUGACAGAUGUUGGUUCAUGACUUAGUGACACAUUUCAUGGAUGAAACGUAUGUAAUCAGUUUAAAUUACACCACACAUGCUGGUUCUCGUAACGUUUAUAUGUUAUUUUUUUCCAAAUUUAUAUCAACCAUAAAAAUGUUAUGACUAUCUUCAGUGAACUUUGUAAUUAGUUUUCAGCCUUCAUAAAUCACUUGCAUUGUAGGAAAUGCAAAUAUUCAAUCUCCAAAUACUGCUUCCAGCACUCAUGUAAUACAUUGUCUAUCGUCUCUAGAUUUUUAUUAUUAUAAACAACAUUAAAAGAUCUCACGAUAUGCAUACCACAAUGGCACAGUGGUUACACGUUCAAUGUUCCUGUAUGGAAAUCAUAAAUGACUGCAGUUAAGUUUGAUUGAUAUUUACCUUUAGACAAGACAAGUAUUUUAUAUCUCAAGGAUAGGAGCAGGUAGCAAAUACUCACGAACC